GUAAUCAGUUUAGACUUUUAUUUUGAAACAGAAAAUGUCGUCACUGGCUGCCCGCAUCCGCAUCUUAACAUAUGGGCUAACGUUAGCCGGAGACGUUAGCAAUUGGGAACUAUCGAGUUGUUGCUCACCGACUAUGAAGAAAGCACGCUAUCUGUCAAGUCAAUAGGGUACUGGUGAGGAAUUGACAUGUCGAAGUUUUAUGCUAUAUAAUCUAAUAGUCCUGGCCUGCUGGUGUCUGCGAAGGUCGAAAAAAAAGGGAGCUACCCAAUAUAAACCAUUCGAAUGUACCUAAACCAAAGAAAGGUACCUAGAAGUUUGAACUGGAGAGCUACCUAGAGAUGGAGCUAAUGUUUAUAAAGACGCGCUUCAGUCCACGUCACUGUCCAGUUCCAGGUAUUACCGUCACAAGCGUUUCCUUACCCCUUUCAAUGAAGUCAGGUCAACUGUAAGAUUACCUUGCCCCAUGGAGUCGGGUAAAGGCUGGACUCUUCCACAAGAGCAGAUUUGCAAGGAUAAGAAAGCAGUUCCUCGCCAGCAAUCUAGCAGCUCCCCACCAGCUGUUAUGGCUCGGGACGCUUCGUACAAUAACGAGCCAGAGGACGAAGAGCUUGCAAGAAAAAGGAGAGAAUUGUACUUAAUUGAGGAACAAAUAUCUCGCAAAAGGACUAACAUUGCUUUGAAAAACAAUGACCUGCAACGAACGCCCCAGUACCGCGAAAAGGAUGAUAAAAAUGAGGAGGAAAAUGAAGAAUGGGACAAUGAAAUCAAGGUAGAAACAGAACAUGAACGAUCUCCACUAUUCACAAACAAUAACUUUCCACAGAGGCCACCCCAUCAGGAGGCUGCACGUCUCACAGAAAGACAAAUUAGUACUUUGAAUGAGUUGACACAGCCAUUUGUUUCCUUUGAAGCCUCCGAUCCUGCCCCAUCUUCAUUUAUGAAAGGUUUUGUGCAGAAGAGAAAUGCAGAAAUCUUUCAAAGAGAUUUGGAGCAGAAACAUGAGGCCCAAUCAGACCUCAAAGCAACCUUUACCCCAGAACACAGAGUUGAAGCUUUGAGACCUCACCGCCACUCAGGGCAUGCACUGCCAUCUCCAGCUUCCAAGCAGAGUCCAGCUGAACAGGCUGAUCCCUUCAGUGGUCCACUUUUGAAGGGCUUUGAUCAUUUCCUCAGCGUCCUUAACCAAGGGGUGGAUGUACAGAGGCUGUCUGAGAUAGUGAAUGAGGCUCAGGCUGAAGUUGUGAAUAACAAGCCAGCUGCUCCUAUUCGUGGUGAGACAUGUAGGAGUGUGGAUGUAGACGAUAAAAAGUACAGAGAAUCGAAAGACAAGGAAAAGGGGUCCAAAAGGAAGAUAAAGGACUCCAGAUAUGGGAAUAGUCCCUCAAGAGACAAGGACAGACAGUCUAGAGACUCAAGAGAGAGAGACAGGGGCUGGGACUUGAGAGAGGAAGACAUGAAUUUAAGACACAAGAAGUUGGAGUCGAAAGAUGAUUGCAGGGAUUCAGAACACAGAGGCAGCAUAUCUAAGAUGGGGGACGGGGAAUUGGGAAACAGGGACAGGAAUGUGAGAAACAAAGACAAGGACACAAACGACCUUAGACAGGAUUCCCUGAGCCCGAGGAGAAGAUGCUCAAGAGACAGGAGGAGCAGGAGCAGGUCUUCUAGCUCCAUCUCAUCGUCCUCAGAGGACGAGAGGAAGAUGGAGAAAAAGGAACAUCUCUCCAGGGUCCAGACCCUCCUCCAGAUAGUGGGGCUUGACUUGGGGAUAGAGGGGCUGGACCGACUCAGGGGUAGGACCCAAGAGAUGCUCCAUGGGACAAAGCAUCCAAGAGGCAGAGGGGAUGGCAGGCAGCGACGACGACGGCACAGGGACUCUUCAUGGUCAGAAAGCUUGCAUGAUUCUUCCCCAGAUUCUCACCAUAGGCGACAUGACUCCCAGAAGCACAGAGGUUCCCAUGGCACUGAACGCCCUCGGAGGGUUUCUGAAACAAACCUCACUCAAUCAGUACAGGAAGUUACUGGAAGCUACCCUAUCAGCCCUGCUCCCCAGAAUAUGCCCGUGUCCACAUUCUCACAGCCUCCACUAGCAAACUAUUCAAGCUAUACAGCGAUGUAUCAUAACUCCUAUGAUGGCCAGGACCACAGUGCCUCUGUCCAGAGCUGGACUGCUGUUGGGUGGAGUGGAGUGCCGCCUCCUGGCCCUCCCUGUUCCUAUGGCCCACCUCUUGGCAACAUAUUACCAGGGACCCCUCAGUUCACCCCUCCGCCUUUGAUGGUCACAGGCUCCCACAAUGCACCAUACCAGCUUCCACCACCUCAGUAUCCUACGCACUUGGGACCUCCACCACUACUACCAGCAUCACAACCCCCACGUCAUCUGCUUCCACCACCACAAUUCUCAUGUCAACUGCCUCCACCGCCCCACCUCCUGCCACCCCCGCAUCCACCACUCCUACCCCCAUCUCAUCUGCCUCCACCACUCCUACCCCCAUCUCAUCUGCCUCCACCACUCCUACCUCCUCCUCAUAUGCCUCCACCAACACCACCACAACCCCCACCUCAUCUUCCGCCACCGCCCCACCUCCACCCACCCCCACGUCCACUCCUUCCAAACCCUUCUUUUCCACCUUCAGCUUACCCGCUUCUCCCAUCAACCCCACCCCCGCCACCCAAACAGGUGACAGCUGCGCCGAAUCUCAGGGUGGCCGAGAUGCAGGGGUCAUCAGAGAAGGACUUGACAGCAGCGGACCUCCCACCUUUUCCACAAGAAUGUGAACCACCAUGGAAGAGCGGGGUGACUUCCACGGAUUACGCGCUGCUGUGCAGUAUUUACCCGAAGGAAAAAAGAAAAACCAAGAAGGAUAUCGCUGCUGGGGCUGCCGUCUGUAGCCCUGCUGUUGUUGCCGCCGCAAAAGCAGCGUGCCACGCAGCUCUGCCAGGAGGGAGUGAACCAGCAGCGAAGAGCGGGGUGACGCAUUACAAGAAAUGUCAAGAACUUAUUGUUGCUUCUUUUUCUGAGUCGCAAACUAAGCCCACCAAGAGGGAACUAAGAUAUCUGGCCUGGAGGGUCACAAAGAAGGCUAAGAAGGCUGAGAAGGCUGAGAAGGCUGUCUGCACAUGCUAUGGCUAUGGGUGCAGACACUGUGGCCGUGCUGUAACUGCACCGCCUGCUAAGCUUGGUAGAACACUAAAGGGUAGGCAGAAGGUGGCGAAGGCAGGAUGUAGAAGGGGAAAAUGGACGCCUCAGAAGGCUGCUCUGGAUGUUGCUGGGACUGCUACUGCGACUGCGACUGCUGUGGCUUCAGCAGGUACAACUGGUGACCACUGAUGGUCCUCCAGCUUCCAAAGCUGAUGAGCAGCAACAGCCAUGAAACACGCAAUAAGCACAGGGAAGCUGAGCUAGCAGUAGCAAAAAC